CUCGCGUCACUCUCAUCAUGGCGGAACGAAGUAAAAUGAAGAUUAUUUUCAACAUUCUUAAUAAAGUUUGAUUUCAUAAUAUUAAUGUAAUUGUUUCAAAAUUCGGUCACUACGCAACGGGGUUCAUAGGGGUGGGCGGAAAAAAGCGAUGGCGGAGAAUAGAAGUUCGGACAACGUCGUUAUGCCGGACAUUACCGAAGUACACGACGCCGAUCCUCUGGCGACAGCAGCCGAGCGCGAUGCCGAUUGUUCUGAAGGCAGUUCUGUUUUGUCUGGAGGAAUAAAAACGGUUCGACGUUCCAGUGAUACCAAUGGAGUUGUUACUGUGCCCGUGUCGUUACCAGUCGGCACCCUUAUUACGGGCACGGCCUUUAAUGUUAUCACUUCCGACCAGCUGCAGCAUUUUAAGCCUAUGAUAUGCGUCGACAAUGGGUUUAUAUCAGGCGGAUCCGUACCAGAAGACAUAAAACCAACUCAUAUAGUUAUCCAAAACACUCCAUCCCCGCCACCCAUUCGUGAACAGAAAGAUCAUACAGGAUCCAAUUCCUCUUCAUCAAGAUCUACUAGCAAUCGGUCGUGGGUUGAAACUGCGAAUAUGCCUGUUCUCCCCAUAAGAUGUAAAAAUACAUCAGCGGAGCUUCAUAAACAAAGGUUAGGUUCUGGUGGUCGUGGCAGAUGUAUUAGAUAUGGAAUGGAAUGGUAUACACCUAGUGAGUUUGAAGCGCUCUGUGGUCGAGCUUCAAGUAAAGACUGGAAAAGGUCAAUAAGAUUUGGAGGCAGAAGUAUACAGGCAUUAAUUGAUGAAGGUAUAUUAACUCCCCAUGCAACAAGUUGUACGUGUGGAGCAUGCUGUGAUGAUCAGACGGCAAUGGGUCCUGUGAGGCUUUUUACGCCUUACAAGAGGAAAAGAAGAAAUAACCAAGAUGGAACAGAUGAAAAGAAAGCAAAAGUCAAAUUAGAAAGUAUUAGCGAUGCUGAAGUUGACAAUAUCCAUCAAACAAGUAGUAACAGCCACUCUAAAGAAGCAUGGCAGACAAUUGCCGAAGGCCUGGAGACUAACUCUGAUUAUCAUUUGUUGGCUAGUCCUGAAACUAAUCAAGAUUCUACUGCAGUCGUUCCGGAUAUGAGUAAAGUUUUGAAACGCCUGGAGGAUAUUGGACAGAAUUUAUCACGACUUUCUAGUGAAUUUAAGCAAUGUGUUGAAGAUGUUAGACUAGUGAGUACCAGGCAUCUUGAGCGUCUCGAACAAGAACGUGCUUCUGCUAUACUUGCAGCAAGUGUGGACGCUCAAGUAGAAGCUGAGCAAGUCUCACUGCAUAAUGUUGAUGAAUCUGAGUCCAAAAAGUGUGCUAAUUGCAACCGUGAAGCAUCGGCAGAAUGUUCACUGUGUAGAAGGACACCAUAUUGCUCUACAUAUUGCCAGAAAAAAGAUUGGGCAUCUCACCAGAUUGAAUGCUUACGUUCUGUGCCUACAAUACACACAGAUUCACAACAACACCAGUCGAUCAUGCUCAUCGUUGAGAGUCAACAUCAAUAGUAUUCAGCACCUGCGAGCUCUCGACAAGAAUCAGUGAUAAAAAGAAUAUGACGAGAUCUUUCGAGGUAAACUAUUUUAUGCAAAUAGUUUAAAUCAAAACUACACACAUACUUUUGAAAAGUGUGAAAAUCACCAACAAGUGUUGAUAAAAUGAUUGGUACUUGUAAUAGCCGAAAGAAAUAGUAUUCGUUGUAAAUUGAA